AUGGCCAGAGUAAGACGCGGUCUCCGCCCGCCGCCAAGCUCGAGAUCCCCCAAGCCCUCGAGCGGGGCUGUCUCGCACCACGACCCCAACGGCGCCCGGAAGAACACCCGCCUGCAGCGCCGCCAGACGAGUAAGCCUGGCCACGAACCGCCUCAGACGCGUGUACCGCGAGGCAAUGUCAACGAGAGCCCCAAGAAAUGGCAGCGGGGAUCCCGCUUGAGGGCUUUGAACUGCGAGCAACAACGACAGCAAUCUCAGCAAUCAAGGAAGGGCAUCACAAGCCCAGGAAGCCCUGGGGCUUCCAGAGAGUCCGAAGCACCCAGAGCGCCAGCGAAACCACCACCACCCGCCAUCGCUCCAACAACUCCCAAAGGGCUCGCGCGGGAGAAGCAGCGCCAGUUCCUCGACUUCCAACUGCGAGAGCGGCAGAGAUUAAUCCAGAAAUAUACGUUAAGCGGCGAUCCGCACGUGUUUGCUACCCUUGUGGGCCCUUUCCUCCCUUCAGCGGAGCUGGGAGAAUGGCAGUGGGAUGGCGAGGUGGAGCAAUGGUGGCGCGAGGACAAGGUGACGGGAAGAAGGAUUUGGGGCCCUAUUAGCUAG